AUGGCCGGUGAGGAACAGGACACCAGAAUUGCUGCUCUCGAAGACCAGGUCGCUGACCUGCAGGAGCAGGUGGUUGCUCUCUUCAAGUACCAAGCCAGCAUGGAAAAGACUCUGGAGGUGCUAUUGAGCAAUGCAGACAUUGCCUGGAAUGUGAGCACAACCUUCGAGGCGUUCAUUUCAGAGUCCAGAAUGAGAUGUAUUCAAGCUCAGCAGCAGCAACAGCAAAAUGCACAGCAACAGCAGGAGCAGCAGCUGCAGCAGCAGCAGCAGGCACAGCCAUUGCCACAGCCACAUCCGCAGCAGCAGAAGCUACAUGCGCAGCCACAGCCACAGCCGCAGGCACGCCCGCAGCAGCAGCGGAAGCAGAGAACUGCAGGGAAGCCCCCAGGAAAGCCCAAGGCUGCCAGCAAAGCAGCCAGCGUGAUACCCAAAAAGAGGGUCUGGGCUGAAAUUCCUCCCGGGCUGGACACAGAUGUCAAGAGAAAGAGGCUUAAGGCCAGAGUGUGUAUGAAGUGCGGCCUGAAGGGGCACCACAUCAAGGACUGCAAGAAUGACUUCAAUCCGGGCAAGCCUGCCGCGCAGCCGAGCAUGCAGCAGGCGCAGCAGCAACAGGAGCCGGAGCCUGGAUAG